AUGCCUCGCCUUGUCAGGCGCGCCCCGCUUGGAGAGCGCAUUCGGGCUUAUCUGGACCCGGGCGAAAUAUCGAUAUGGCUCGCAGAGUUGCUGAACGGCGGUGAAUGGGAUGAUUUUCAGAAAGAGUAUGGGCUAUGGAUUGGAAUUGCCAUGAACAUCCUCUUUAUGAUUGCAAAGGCGUCUUCAGCGAGCCCUACAAUAUCCUACCGCGAUGAUGUGUUCGGUGAUUAUGAAGGAAGAGGCAGCUCGGGAUGGUUGAAGUACUUUCUAUGGCUCGUCAGCAUUCUCCUCACCACCCUCUCAUGCACCAAUGCGCUCUACGCCAUGUUCAGGACACGCUCAUAUCGCCUCUUCGAGCAAGCCAUAGAGACUCCUCUUCCCACGAAGUCAGCUCGUCGCGUACGGGUAGACUCGUCGCCCAUGUCUUCAUCUCCGAUCAGAUACCUCACAAGCCUUAUAUCCACAGAGACGGCAGAGUCGCGCGCCCACCCGGAUGCAACACGCGACGUUUGGGAACUCAGCGUUUGGGACCCAACGCCAAUUUGUCUUACACUGUUCUGUCUGUUUAGUCCAGGCCACCUGUUCGUAUAUUGGCUAUUUAUUCCAGUUGCGCCACUUGACCCAAGUCCGAGUGUCACAUACGUCAAGACGAUCUCCUUGAUCGCACUACUCUCUUUCCAGCUUUUCUAUUUGCAAAAGAACUUCCAGCAACAAAGCAAGGACAACGCAGUCGUUCAUCGUGGGGUACUACAAGAAUACGACAACAAGUUUGUCCACCCAGCACUUAAUAAGCCGGUCCGUGAUGUCGGAAUUCAGACACCAACACCCCAAAGACGCGACUCGUCUGUCAUGGCGACUACUGAAGUCGAUGCAUACACCCCGACGACUGUAAUUAACCGCGGUUUUAGAACAAACCCAAAUCCAGCCUAUGCUUCUGCUUACGACCCGGACCAUCUCACUUCACAUUCACAACCUCAGCUCCGCCCCUCCAGAUCAACCACGCCUGCCAUGCAUACUCCCCAUAUACCCGCCUCGGCAACAACCACCAGCACACAGGCAGACUUUUCCUCGCCAAUACGACCGCACAAGACUACCACUGUGGUCCGAAACUCACAAUAUCGUACGUCAGACUUUGGCUCAGGGACGGGUGACGGAGGAAGUCUAGGCGUGUACUCACACGCGAACUCCCCUCUCAAGAAGGCAGCUUCUAGUAAUUUUCUUCGCGAUGAUAUCAGAGACCCAAGGGAGGCUAGCCCGAGGAAACGUGACGGAAGUCCCCUGAAAAGGGUCAGUAUCCCUGAUAUAAAUGGCCCUCCAAGCCUAGCGCAGCAGCGAUUGAGUAUGUACACCAGUCGAGGUGCGGGAAGACGAGAAAGUGGGAGAACAUUUCAAUGA